AUGUCCUCCCCACCAGCAAAGCGAAAGAAAUCCGCGAAGAUAGAAGAUGAUGGAGACAAGAUUGCUCUUUUCAUUUUCCGCCGAGAUUUGCGAAUCGAAGACAAUACGAGCUUGAUCAAGGCGAUCAAAGAUGGAUACAGAAUUCUCCCUGUCUUCAUCUUCCCUCCCGAGCAAAUCGAUCCAGAGCAGAACGAGUACUUCUCUCAUCCAGCAGUGCAGUUCAUGUGCGAAUCUCUCAACGAUCUUGGGCGCAAUUUGAAGGAGAAAGUGUCCGGAAAGCUUCAUCUUUUCAAAGGCGGGAAUCUCGAAACAAUCAAGAAGAUCAAGAAAGUCGUCAACUUCUCCGCUGUUGCUUUCAACGAGGACUACUCAGUUUAUGCGAAAGAGAGAGAUGGAGAGAUUGAAAAGUGGGCGGAGAAAAACGACGUGGAAGUGAUCAAAGAGGAGGAUUACGGACUGUUGCCGAUCAAAGAUGCAUGGCAUCAUCCUAAAGAUGGCCCGCCAAAGCCAUACCGAGUUCUUUCCAUCUUUUUCAAGCACAUUCAAAAGAACUACGAUAUCCGAAUGCCAGAGUCUGAAUUUGAAUUCGAAGCAUCUCAAUUCACCAAAGCCAAGUUUGACUUCAAAUUCCCCAUCGACAAGUUGAACACGCUUUACAAAGCCAACGAAGAUUUGGCCGAACGAGGAGGAAGAACAAUCGGCCUAGUUGGGCUACAGAAAAUCGAGAAGAAGGCGGACUACAAGACGACUCGGGAUUUCAUGCACCUCAAGGCUGGGACGACGAAAAUGUCCGCUCACUUGAAAUUCGGAACAGUGUCUAUUCGAGAGAUGUACUGGCGAGUGGCAGAGUGCUUUGGCGAAACGCAUGAUAUCAUUCGACAGUUGGUGUUUAGAGACUUCUACUUGAAGAUCUACUCACACAAUCCCGCUCUUCAGCGAGGAACAGCCCUGCAGGAUGGUUUGGAUAAGCGACUCCCGUGGAAUGAUGAUGAAAAGCUAUGGAAUGCCUGGUGCGAGGGAAAGACUGGCUUUCCCCUUGUUGACGCAGCGAUGCGGGAAAUGAAGGCAAUUGGCUGGCAGCACAAUAGAAUGCGAAUGCUCACAGGAUGCGUGUUGACCAAAUACUUCAUGAUUGACUGGCGAAAGGGAAUGAAGUUCUUCUACCAGAACCUCGUCGAUGCGGAUAUUUUCAACAACACAGCCGGUUGGGGGUGGGUCUCGUCAACUGGCCCCGAUGCCGUCCCCUACUUCCGCUACCCCUUCAACCCUUGGACUCAGUCGAAGAAAUUCGAUGUGGAUGGAAAAUACAUCAAAAAGUACAUUCCCGAGUUGGCCGAUGUUUCUCCUGCAGAUCUUCACAAAUGGAACGACGCAUCUAUUCGAGCCAAGUACAAGAAAAACAAGAAGGUUCAGCAGUACCCAGCGCCGGUUAUUGAUCAUGAAGAAGCGUCGAAGAAUGCUGUGGCUCAAUACAAGAAGGCUUUUGAGGACUGGAAGGCGUCAGAUGAAUACAAGAAAUAG